AUGUGCUACAAAAUUGCGGAAGAUCCAAAGAGAGUCAGGUACCCGACUUUAAACCAAGACAGAUGUCUACCGACAUUUGACGCGAGUUGUCUACAUAACGUUGAAGUUAUCGUGCUGAGAGUCUCCACGGUCAGAUUCAAACAACAUGAGUUUGCUUACAGAACGAUCGACUACCCUAUCUAUGAGCCUGAAGACACGAAUAAUAUCCUGAAUGAGAUCGAUGCCCUUACACAACUCCGCAGACAGCCAAAUAUGGCGCAACUAGUCGGCCUAGUUAUAUCGGGGAACCCGUAUAAGACUUGCCCGUCAACUGAUAUGCCGGUGAUUAUGGGACUCCUUCUUGAAUACUAUCCGAGGGUCACUUCAGCAAAUCAUCGAGGAGGCUGA